GGUGCCGGCGGAGCCGCGGUGGAGAUGAGCGCGGCGGGGAGGCGCUGGGGCCGGCGGCAGCGAGCUCUGCUCUGGGGUGUCCUGCUGGCAGCGUGGGAGGCGGCGCGGGGGCAGCUGCGCUACUCGGUGCCCGAGGAGAUGCCCAAGGGCUCGUUCGUGGGCGACGUGGCCAAGGACCUGGGGCUGCAGCUGCCGGCCCUCAGCCAUGGCGGCGUCCGCAUCUUGGACAAAGGUAGGACGCAGUAUUUCGCUCUGCACGGGAAGACGGGACAUUUAGUGACGGCGGAGAGAAUCGACAGAGAGCAGCUUUGCCGGCUGGUGGAGAAAUGCGUGCUGCGCUGUGAACUGAUAGUGGAGGGAGAGAUGCAGGUUUACGGGAUCGAUGUAGAAAUAAUGGAUGUUAACGACAACGCUCCCAGCUUUCGACAGGCAGAAAAAGAUCUGAGACUGAGCGAGACGACAGCCCCGGGAUCAAGGUUUCCCCUCGCCGAGGCUCACGAUCCGGACUCAGGCCGGAAUUCCCUGCGGAGCUACGAGCUGAGCGGCGACGAGCACUUCUCGCUGGCCGUGCAGGCGGGCCCCGGCGGCGAUCAGCGUCCCGAGCUGGUGCUGGCGAAGGCGCUGGACCGGGAGGAGGCGGCGUUUCACGAGYUGGUGCUGAGGGCGAGCGACGGCGGCGAUCCGGCACGGACGGGCACGGCUCGGAUCCGUGUGACUGUGCUGGAUGCGAACGACAACGCUCCCGUGUUCAGCCAGGCGGAGUACACGGUGCGUGUGCCCGAGGACGUUCCCGUGGGCUCCGUUCUCAUCACGGUCACGGCCACGGACGCCGACGAGGGUCUGAACGGCCUUGUUAAGUACUCUAUGAAGAAGGAGACGGACAUGGCAUCGGAUAUUUUCCAUCUGGAUUCUGAGACUGGAGAGAUCACGCUGCUGAGGAUUCUGGAUUUCGAGGAAGGUGAUUCAUACGAACUGGAGGUGCAGGCACAUGAUAAUGGAGCUCUUUUCGACACGACGAAAGUGGCAAUCACGGUGACAGAUAUCAACGACAAUGCGCCCGAACUCACAGUAUCGUCCAAGCUGAACGAGAUCUCAGAGGACGCCCCGGCGGGAGCCGUUGUGGCCCUACUGCACGUGGAGGAUCGGGACUCGGGGCGCAACGGCGAGGUGCGCUGCUCACUUGAUGUAGGCGCUCCAUUCCGGUUGGAGAAAUCCUAUGAGGAUUACUACCGUGUGGUGACAGCGAGAGAACUGGACCGUGAGCAGGUCUCCGAGUACAACGUGACGGUGCGGGCGGCCGACGGCGGGUCGCCGCCGCUGCAGAGCAGCGCGGUGCUGGCGCUGCGGGUGCUGGACGUGAAUGACAACGCGCCGGUGUUCGCGCAGGAGCGCUACAGCGCGCGGCUGGCGGAGAACAACGCGGCGGGCGCGCUGGUGCUGACGGUGCGCGCGUCGGACGCGGACUGGGGGCAGAACGCGCGCGUGCGCUACCGGCUNGGAGACGUACGUUUUUUCCCGAUUGUUGUUUUCUGA